CCUUCGACGGUGCGUCACCAACAGGUGUAGCUAACAUGCUAACAGUGGAUCCUGCUAGUGUUUGUGGUCGUGUAAUUGCGGGUUUGACUCGUUAAAAUGUGUUCUUAUGAUGCACGGAGGGUGCAUUUAUACCCUGAUCAGUUUGAGGGAGGACUUCAGGUGAACAGGACUCAGAAUGACGUCUUACUGCCAUCCUCCUCCUGCUCCUCUUCCUCCUGGUUUGCUCCCCGGCUCGCGGCUCUCUCCCCUCUCUCCCUUCUCUCCCCCUGCUGGGCAGCCUCCCCUGGAUGGGAGGAGGUCUCCCCCCCCACCUCCUCUUCAGUGAGCUGGGACACAGGUACGGCCCUGUGUUUUCCCUGCUGCUCGGCCCUCACCUCUCUGUGGUUUUGAACCGGCAUCAGGAGGCCAGAGAGGUGCUGCUGCAGCGGGGGAGGGAGUUCGCUGGGAGACCCUUCAUGGUGACCACAGACCUGCUGACUCGGGGGGGCAAAGACAUCGCCUUCUCAGACUUUUCUCCUCUCUGGAAGCUCCACCGACGCCUCGUCCACAACUCCUUCAGUCUGUUCGGGGAGGGCAGCGGGCGCCUGCAGGACAUCGUCCUGUCCUCGGUGGACGACCUCUGCGUGGAGCUGUUGUCAGGAGGGGGGCGGGGCUUCGACCCGUCUCCCGCGGUAACGAGGGCGGUCACUAACGUGGUCUGCACGCUGGUGUUCAGCUCCACGUAUCGCCACGGCGACACCGAGCUGCAGGAGGUGAUGCGGUACAAUGACGGCAUCGUGCAAACCAUCGCUGGGGGGGGGCUGGUGGACAUCUACCCCUGGAUGAAGGUGUUUCCGAACAGGUGUCUGAGGACGCUGAAGGACUGCAUCACCGUCAGAGACCGGCUGCUGUCCCGCAAACUGGAGGAGCACAAGGCGUCUCUGAAUGACGGCCCCCCCCGCGACCUGCUGGAUGCCCUGCUUCAGGGUCAGGGGGAGGGGGUUCAGCAGGAGGGGGGGGGCAUCACAGACGAUCACGUCCUGAUGACGGCGGCCGAGGCGUUCGGGGCCGGCGUGGAAACCACAUCCACCACGCUGCUGUGGAUCCUGGCCUACCUAGUGCACCACCCCCCGGUGCAGCGGCGGGUGCAGGCAGAGCUGGACAAGCAGGUGGGUGAGCGUCCGGUGUGUGUGUCGGAUCGAAGCCGGCUGCCGUACCUGGAGUGUGUGAUCAACGAGGGCAUGAGGAUCAGACCGGUCAGUCCAGUCCUGAUCCCUCACACCGCCAUGACGGACAGCAGUAUUGGAGGUCACCCGGUGGGUCGUGGGACUCGAGUUUUGGUGAACAUGUGGGCGAUUCACCACGACCCCGAACACUGGGACAAACCUGACCUCUUUAACCCGGACCGUUUCCUUGACGACCGGGGCCAGCGGGUGACCCCCCCCUGCUUCAUGCCGUUUGGGGCGGGACCUCGAGUCUGUGUGGGCGAAUCGCUGGCCAGGCUGGAGCUGUUCCUCUUCCUGUCUUCUCUGCUCCAGCGAAUGAGCUUCAAGCUGCCUGACGGGGCUUCCCCGCCCAACCUGCAGGGGCGGCUGGGCGUGGUCCUGCAACCGCUGCCUUAUAAGGUCGUGGUCACUCCGACGGAGGGUUGGGAGGGUGGGGCCAAGUGA